UCAACAUAAAACAUAUUUAAGAAGAAAAAUAAACUGAAAUAGUUGAAAAUAAAAUAGAACCCACUUGUUGCGCCGAACUUGGGAGCUGGCAAGUAGCAACUACCAAGGGCCACCAAUGCACGCGCCACCUUUUCCAGUUUCCACUAUUCCCUUCCAAACCCUAAUUUUACUCCAAUUCUCCGUUUAACAUUUGCAAUUUUUUAUUCCAAAACACCCCAAAAUAUAAUUUAUUUGGCGCAUAUACGUUUCCUCUUUCUUUUUUGCCGUUCCCCUUCCUGUGUUGCAUAACACAACCAAUUCUUUUACCACUCUGUGAUUUGAUUACUAAGCAACAUACAACUACUUUCUCAGCUUGAUUGAGUUUAUUUACAGUUCUUUGUACGAAACUUUGAUUUUGAAUUGGUGGGUGUUUUUGUUCUGUUAUGAGUGAUGAUGACACUCGAAUCUUGGGUUCUCAGUCACCAAAUGUUCUCCUCCAGUUCCAGAUUGUUUUACCCCGCGCAUGAGAAUCGGCGAAAGAGCUUGCCAAUCAAAGUUUUGGGUAGAAACACUAGAUACUCAUUUCCCUUUGUGCCCAAUUGUGUUGCUCCAUCCUCUUUUACAAGGCUUCAUGCUUCAAGUUUUGAAGCAGAUGCCAAGUUACAAGAUAGAACUCGACUGAGGUGUUUAGGUAGUAGCAGUGAUUGUUUGAGCGAUAGAAAUGUCGUUUCCAACGCCAAUUUGAACUGUAUACAGGAAUUGUUAAAGAGGGGAAUCAUCCUUGCUGCAACUGUUUGUGGGUUAUUGGUGUUUGGAUGUUCACGAGUUUUCGCCGUUGAAGGGGUUGUGAAUGCAGGAUAUGGUGUCUUUGGACAGAGCAUUCUUUUGCUUAGGAAUACAUGGCCUAAAGUGUUGCAAGUUCUUCGUAUAUUUAAGGAGCAAGGUUUGGUGCUGGCAGUGCUUUUGGGCCUUUCAGCUUUUUUCUCAAUGGCAGAGACUUCAAUCACUACUCUUUGGCCUUGGAAGGUUCGUGAGUUGGCUGAAAAGGAGUCUGAAAACGGUGUCUUCAGACUACUCCGAAGUGAUGUUACUCGGUUCCUUACCACAAUACUUAUUGGCACAACGGUGGUCAAUAUUGGGGCAACUGCUCUUGUCACUGAAGCAGCAACUGCUAUGUUUGGUGAAGCUGGUGUCAGUGCAGCAACAGGAGUGAUGACUGUUGCCAUUUUGCUUCUCACUGAAAUCACUCCAAAAAGCAUAGCUGUUCAUAACGCCACAGAGGUGGCUCGGUUUGUGGUCAGGCCAGUGGCAUGGCUUUCCCUGGUGUUGUAUCCUGUAGGAAGAAUUGUUACUUAUCUUUCAAUGGGGAUGCUGAAAUUGCUUGGCCUAAAAGGAAGAAGUGAGCCAUAUGUAACUGAAGAUGAGCUAAAAUUGAUGCUAAGAGGUGCAGAAUUAAGUGGGGCAAUAGAGGAGGAAGAACAGGAUAUGAUUGAAAAUGUGUUAGAGAUAAAAGACACACAUGUCAGAGAGGUUAUGACACCUCUUGUUGAUGUUGUUGCAAUUGAUGCAAGUUCAAGCCUGGUAGACUUUCAUCACUUGUGGGUCACACAUCAGUACUCAAGGGUACCUGUUUUUGAGCAACGUGUUGAUAAUAUAAUGGGUAUAGCAUAUGCAAUGGAUCUGCUGGAUUAUGUUCAAAAGGGUGAGUUGCUAGAAAGUACUACGGUUGGAGAUAUGGCUCACAAACCUGCUUAUUUUGUACCUGAUUCAAUGUCUGUUUGGAAUCUUCUUAGAGAGUUCAGAAUCAGGAAGGUUCACAUGGCGGUUGUUCUUAACGAGUAUGGUGGAACUGUGGGGAUUGUAACACUCGAAGAUGUUGUUGAGGAAAUUGUUGGUGAAAUAUUUGAUGAAAAUGACUCAAAGGAGGAGAUACAGAAAAAAACUGGUUACAUUGUAAUGCGAGCUGAGGGUGUUUUUGAUGUGGAUGCAAACACAUCCAUUGAUCAGCUCUCUGAAGAUUUGAACAUCAAGAUGCCAGAGGGUCACCAAUAUGAGACGGUAUCAGGCUUUGUGUGUGAAGCAUUUGGAUACAUUCCAAGGACAGGUGAGUGCAUCAAAGUAGUUCUUGAAAGGGAAGAUGAAGAUGAUAACAAUGAGUCCAAUGCUGACCAGCAGGAUCAGAAGGAGAAGAACCAGAGUUUCAAACUUGAGAUACUAGCUGGAAAUGCCAGAAAGGUGAGCGCUGUUCGGUUUGAACACAUAAAUAAUAAUGAUGAAAUGUUGGAGACUAAAGUAACUCGCAUGAUCCCCAAAAUCAUGAAAAGAAAAUGGAGGAGUGAUGCAAACUCAGACAAUGAUGCAGAAUAUGACGGAGAUACAUUUGCAAAGACACCACAGGAUGACAUUUCUAGUGAAUAUUUAGUUGAUCAGGAAAAUUCUAACAGAGGUUAAGUUUGUCCGUUAUUCAUAUUUUUUCUCCUUUCUUUAUACCUGGCAUGCUUUUGUGCCAUUUUUGCAACAGCCUAUAAGAUGAAAAAAUUGAGAUACAUGUUCAAAAUGAGAAGCAAUGAGUUCAAGCAUGUAAAACCUUGCAAAAGACGAAUUUGAGGCGUCUUUGCUAACGAAAGUCUUUGGUGUAAUAAAGAUGUCAGGUUUGAUCAAAA